CGGCCAACUCCCCCACUACAAACGGUUACCUACCGUGAGGGUGAAGGUUAUUCACCUCCGCCUUGUAGAAAUGGCUCCCCUAACAAUAUCCGAAUACCCUCCCGAGCUUUCGUCCGAGGAAGAACAAUAUCUCCUCUCCAAUCUGAAAGACUGGUCGAUAGCCCAUGGCUUGGCGGUCCGACCCGCUCCCUCUUUCGUGUCUUCUUCCCAGGACCCCUCUGGUGUUCUUGCGACGACUGCGCCAGUAACUCUGUUUCCAAGUCUUUUUCCUCGUGUUUGCUUUGAGGCGGGGCUGGCGCUUCAGACAGCGUACAAUGAGUUGUAUGCGGCGAUAGCGAGAGACGAGAGGUGGUUGCAGGGCAUUGUGGAAGAGCUGAUUGACAUCGACGAUUUCGUUGAGAAGUUGUGGCAGACUCAUCUGGCUGUCAAGAAGGAGGGCUAUGUUCAGAAUCUAUCACUGGGUCUAUUUCGUUCUGACUACAUGGUUCACUCUGACUCCUCAAAGUCCGACUCUUCACCAGGAUUACGACAGGUCGAAUUCAACACCAUUGCCUCUUCGUUCGGCGGUCUAUCAUCACUGGUAUCUGCUCUGCACAGGUAUCUCUUGACAAUUGACGCAUACCCCUCGUCAACAGCAGGUAUCAUCAAAGCGGAGGCGUUGCGUCAGAGCAAAUCAACCUCUUCCCUUGCCCAAGGCCUGGCGGCAGCGCACAAAGCUUAUGGUACAUCCAGGUCUGGGAAGCCCCUUUGCGUACUCUUCGUGGUCCAGGACCCAGAAAGAAACGUCUUCGACCAACGUCACCUGGAGUAUGCAUUGUUGGAAGAAAGCGGUGUCAGAUCAUUCAGGUUACCCUUCCACCGGACUCUGACCGACACCAAGCUGGACUCCGACCGAAAUCUCCUUUAUGCACCACCCAACUCGCCUUCGACAGAAUAUGAAGUCACUACUGUGUAUUUCCGGGCUGGGUAUACCCCAGACGACUACCCAAGGGAGGAAGACUGGACCGCCCGACUGCAGCUGGAAAAGAGCAGGGCAAUCAAGUGCCCCAGCAUUUUGACUCACCUUGCUGGAUGCAAGAAGGUCCAGCAAGUUCUCGCAACUCCGCACUCUCCGCACCUCAAGCGUUUCCUACCAGAUGAGAGCGUGGCAUCUCGCGUCUUGGAGACGUUCGCACCCAUCUACCCCUUAGAUGACAGUGAAGCAGGGCGAGAGGCGAAGAAACUGGCUCAAGACCCUGCCACUGCUGUUCGAUACGUGCUGAAGCCCCAACGCGAAGGCGGCGGCAACAACAUAUACCGCAAAGCAAUUCCGCCGUUCCUGAAGAAUCUUCCUGAGACCCACUGGCCCGCAUACAUCCUCAUGGAGAUGAUCGAGCCGCCACCGCUAAGAAACGCUAUUCUCCGCAACGGAGAGCUUCAAAGAGGAGGUGUGAUCUGCGAACUGGGAGUGUACGGCGUCUGUCUCUGGAGGAACGGAACCAGCGAGGACGACAAGGGUGAGAUUCUGCAGAAUUGGGAGGCUGGUUAUCUGCUUCGCACCAAGGGCGACCAGAGCGAGGAGGGAGGCGUGGCAGCAGGUUUCGGUGCUGUGGACAGUUGCUGCUUGGUAUAGACCUAGAUUUCUUCGGUUACCACGGGAUGACAUUCGCCGUUCGAGAUAAUUGCGGACGACGAUUCAGCAGAGAUUUUAGCGCUGUGUUGCAUUUCGGCGAAUAUGACUGAGUCUUCCGACAAUUGUUGACGCAGGGUCGGCCUGUUGUGGCUUCUGGAUACCUACUCUGCACUAUUGAUUCAUGUUACACAGCAGCAUAUCCCCCAAUACACCCGAUAGAUAUGGACGACAACUUGCGACAUCAAAACGCCGUCCAUCGUUGCAGCUGAUAUCCAUCCGCUUGCUCGGUAUUUCAUAUUUGGUCAUCAGGGGUCCUCGUCCGUUCACACAGCCAUCUCCUCAUGUCGGAUUCAUCCGCAAUGCCGUAU